CAGCAGUCGAGUAAGAGGCCUUUACCUAACCAUUCAAAACAGUCACUCAUUAAUAAAACUCCGUAAGACUUACGUGUUCUAGUAGUUCCUUUUUUAUAAGAUAUAUAUAUAUUCGGUACAGAAGUUUUAAAGUAUGGCGGCAGAACUUCUGUGUUGCGAGAGGUCCUGCGAAUGCAGGGCAUAUUUCGACCCUAGGCUCCUGCGGGAUAGCAGGGUCCUCGAAAAUCUACUCAAGACUGAAGAAUUAUACACCACUAAUAGUUCCUACUUCCAAUGUGUCCAAUCAGAGCUUACUCCAGACAUGAGGAAAAUUGUCGUCGAAUGGAUGCUAGAGGUGUGCGAGGAGCAAAAGUGUACUGAAGAAGUGUUCGUACUGUCGGUGAAUUUCCUCGACAGGUUUCUGUCGGUCGUUCCCUUAACUAAAGCACAUCUUCAGCUAGCUGCUUCCGUUUGCUUGCUAAUGGCGUCAAAGCUGCGUGAACCUAACCCACUCAGUGCCAGGCUCCUUGUACACUAUACAGACUAUAGCAUAUGUAUUGACCAUAUACCGAAAUGGGAAAUACUGAUCGCUGCCAAACUGAAAUGGAACCUGAGCGCCGUUACUGCCAGCGACUUCCUCGGCCACCUCUUGUACAGCAUCCCCUUGGAGCACGACACACAGGUGAUGGUGAGGAGGCACGCUCAGACCUUCAUCUUCUUGUCAGCUCGUGAAUUCAAAUUCUGCAUGUACACAGCAAGCAUAGUCGCCGGUGCUGCGAUUGCAGCGGCACUCAAAGGUCUGCAGUGGUGCAACAGGAGUGGAUGGUCGCUGGAUAGGCUGACAGACCACUUGACGAAGACCCUUGGAGUGGAGAAGGAUUAUCUCCAAACAUGUUUGAGGCAGAUGGAAGAUAUGAUUAAUGAAACAAUUUCUGUCGCCACUGCAAUCCAAGAAGAAAAUAAAAUGAAGUCUGGUACACCAACAGACAUUCACGACAUCGACUUCUGAGUGAGAAAGUGUCCUACACCCUGAUCUAUACAAUUGAUUCUGUUCGAUAAAAAACUUUUAUUUUGAAUAUCAUAAAAUGCCUGCCAUAUUUAUCAAUUUUAUAUUGAAGUGUUGUGUAGAUUUUGUGAUAACACAUCAUAUGAGUAUUUUGUUUUUUAUUAGAGUAGUUUGUGCUUUUCCGUUUAAAUAAGCCAACCGUUUCGCCUCCAAGAUCAGGUUUCGUUUUAAUUGUACACUGGGGAAGGCAAUAAAAUACGCUUUAAUUUUAUUAUUUUUCCGAUAUAUUAGUUUAAGUUCGAAAGGUAACUUGUAGAUAAGACGUAUUUUGUAUGUGAAUAUUUUUUAUUUGGUUUGUGCCUGUUAUGUACCCCGGUAUCAGGCGCAUAACAUGAAAAAAUUGAAAACUUAGUCAUUUUGAGUCAUCGUUUUUAGGUUAGGAUAAACGAGUAGUGACAUACCAUAUUUUUCUUUCUUUUUAAUUUUAAAAAUGUAGUUUCUUUAUUGUUCCUUUUUUCGCCAUCUAGAACUAUCGUUUUAAAUAUUUUCUUUAAUUCAAUCUGCAACUAAUAUAAAGUUAACGUGUCAACUCUAAAGGCUGCAUAUUAAACCUUGUACAUCGAUUAUAAAAAGUAUUAAAGAAACGGAAAAGAUAAUAGUUGUAGUAUUGUUCACUGUAUUUUUUAUCAGGUUCGUUGUGUACCUUUAUGUAUGAGUCCUUUUAUUUUAUAUUUCAAAAGUAUAUUUUCAAUCAUGUUGUAGUUUGUUUGUAAAUUAGCUUUUAUUUUUAUUCUAGUUUCUUUUUUAUAAGACAUUUAUAAGGGCUGUAUGGCACUACGAUAAAUCGCUAUUAUUUUUUUAUAUAUAUUUUUUUUGUCACUUGUGGAGGGCAUGUAAAGAGACGGUCAAUUCUGUCUUAACGCUGUGAAAGCCGACAUGUGACUAUUAUAUAAUAGGCUAUUAAUGUCCUCCUACAUGUGAAUCUUUAUAUGAUUACCAAGUCUUGAUUAUUUAAAAGUAAUCACUAAAAAUUGUUAUCCCUUCAGCCCAUUUUAUUUGUAAAAAUCAUGGCAUAUGAUUUAAAAUUUUCAAAAGCUACUUGAAUGUGUAUGUUUAAAGAAAAAAAAAUGCAAAGAUUAAGAAUUUUAUAAACAAAUUUUAUAAAAAAAAAAUGUUAUAUAGAUAUAUUAUAUUACCUACGUGCAAAUUCGUUAUUGUAUAUUAACGCUAGUAGUUUGUAGGUUUAUUCCUGUUACAUAUUAUAUAUCAUUUAUAUAUGUACAAAAAAUUUAUUGUUUGAACUACAAAAUUAAACUUUGUGCUUCUUUUUUUGUUGAUUCCUAAUAGGAAUUUUUUAAAUAAUAUAUAGAGUGUCUGAGGAGCUGUAACUGUUAUAAAGUUUAUAAAAGGAAGGCUGAAGUACUUAAAGCAUUAACUGCAGUUUUUUUCCUUCAUUUAAUUUUUUUUUUUUUUUGUUUUCCUGUAACACAAAGCUUGUCUAAAUGUGACCUCACAGGAUAAUACAAGUAUGAAAGAACUGUUAUACCUCCUCAGAACUCUGUACCUCUUUGAUUACCUCAAAAUCCUUUUCCUCAAAGGACAAGUUUAUACGAAGAAACAAUAGUCUGAUUUUAUUAAGAAUGACUAGAGGAUUUUUUUUCUAUAUUAAAGUACCUUGAUUAUUAUACUAUGUUUUUUUUUUUUUGUAAAAAUAUAGUGUUUUGCAUAAAAUA